AUGAUUGUGAAUACCACUGCGACGAUGAACAUAGUAUCCGCCUCCGGCGUCUUACAGUCGGCGCCGCUGGUGGUCUCGUCAUUGCUAUACCACCACCCGCGCCCCUUCCCACUCUGGACUACCAAAAUAGGAAAUGGCCGUAGUAUCUCAGGUGCAGCGGUGUUGGUUAAAACUAACAGGCAAGACUCCGACUCCGCCUCCACCUCCACCUCCGCCUCCGCCUCCACUGCCGCCGCCCAACAACAACAGCAAACCGAUGACGUAGAUCCCCAGGAUCUUCAAUAUGUUUCCCAAAUUAAGACAGUUUUGGAGCUUCUCAAGAAAAACAGAGACAUGCUCUUCAAUGAGGUGAAAUUGACUGUUCUAAUUGAAGACCCCAGAGACGUUGAGCGCAGGCGUCUUCUUGGCAUUGAUGAUGAGAACGCGCCUACGCGUGACGAUCUUGCCGAUGCUUUAGUACAAGUGAAUGAAGGAAAAAUCCCUGAAAAUCGUCUUGCUUUGCAAAUGUUAGCUGAGGAAAUGCUUCAGUGGCCAAAUUUAGAGGUCGAAGUGCAAAAGAAGAAAAAGCCUGGCAAAUCCUUGUAUGCAAAAUUUACCGACACAGGUAUCAAUCCACUAGAGGCUGCCAAGAGGCUGAACAUGGAUUGGGAUUCAGCUGCUGAGAUUGAUGAUGCUGAGAUUGAUGAUGUGGAAGUGCCCUCUGCUGUGGUUAGUUUUUUGCUCCUCUAUAUACUGAAAAGUCAGUUUUUACCCAUCAAGCUUGAUACUAUAAAACGUUAUCCAAUUUCUCCACCACUAAAGUAACAUGAAAUUAAGGGUGGACGCCAAAAUAUGACUAGUGUUCUAUGCCAAUGGAUGUAAAUUGAUGUCAACCAAACUGAAUCAGCACUGUGCUUUGGCGCCUAAAAUAUAACUAUUCAGCCAGCAGAGUGAACACCAAAUAGCUAUAACUAUCGUUUCAUUACUUUUAUAUUAUAUAAAGAUUUAUGAGUAUUUCAGUUAGAUACAUGUCUGAAAUGUUAAACAUGUAAUGCAAAAAUUUUCUGGAAAUUGUGUAUUCCGGAAAAUUCUUGAGUUGUGAUGAAAGAAAAAGGAGUACAUGUGUAGGGUCUCAAUGAAAUUGAAGAAAGCAUUAUGGAAAGUUUAUAUUUGUAGAUCCUUUCUACGUCAAUUUUGAUUAUGCUUUUUAGUUUUUAAUAUUCUUUUAUUAUAGUCAGUUUGUUGGAUGAAGUGAUUAAGAGAGGGGAAAGAAUGUAAAUGGUUAGGUAGUAUGGUCGAGAUUGCAGUUAAUGCAAAAAGGCCAUUGUAAUUUUAAUUGAUUUAUUAGUUUUAGCUCUACAAGUCUCUACAAAUGUCAUUAGCAAUAUAAACAUUUUAAAUAAUUAUUGAUUAAUGUUUAACGUGUGAAAUUACUCAAAAUUUUCAUGUAGAUGACUGCUGCUCCCAGUUUUAAAUAAUAAGGGAAACUUGUGUUGUUUUGUCCUACUCUAAAUAAACUAAUUACCAACUUGUUAUUGCAGGGAUAUGGAGCUCUUUACUUGAUCACGGCAUUUCCAGUCAUUAUUGGUAUUUCUGUUGUGCUGAUUCUGUUUUAUAACUCUCUUCAGUAAAUACUAGUGAUUAUGCAUUUCAAAAUGUUACCUGAUCUGUAUAUUAUAGUUUUUUAUACUGGCUGAUUAAUGAAAAUAUAGAUAUUCAGUUUAA